AUGGCCUCGGCCAUCGUGGCGAUGAUCGCCGCCAACCGGCUCCUGACGCCGUCGCUCAUCUCUCGCGGCGACGGCGGCGGGAACCCGAGCCCCGAGGUGUCCGACGUGCUCUCGUGGCCUAAGGAGAGAGUCAAGGAGUGGCUUCAGGAAGAAUGCGGCAUAUCGUCGUCGGUCGCGGCCAAGGCCUUCGAGGCGGGGGUAGAUGGAGCUACUUUGGUGGAACUGGACGCUGCGGCCUGGGAUGAACUAGGCCUUGAGAGUGCGGUGGCGCGAGCUCGCGUGAUUGGAAAGGUUCGCACGCGCGUGAUGACUGGACCGGACACGAGCACCCAGGCGGGUGCAGCUGAAGAGGCGAGGUGGGCGGGAGUCCGCGACGGGACCGAAGGCGGCGGUCUCGGCGGCGGGUCCCCUUCGAUGGCGAGGUCCUACACCCCGGGUUCGUUUUCGGGACGACCGCGAUCUGUGGUGCUACGCGAUGGCCCGACGCUCGAGGCUCGAAGCGUGGAGGAGUGGCUUGCCAAGUUCGAGACCUGGGUCACGCGGAAGAAGAACUGGGCGGCCGGCGCCGAGCACAGGUUAUACUGGACCAGGUGCGUCUCAGCCGCGAACGGGGCCAACGGCCACGCCCUCAAAGAACACUUCCUGAGGUUCCUAGGUAUGUACAACGUCGCGGGGCUGCUGACCCUCACCAUCACUGGGCCAUUCCUACUCAACGCCGAGCAGCCGACGGAGAGCAUCGACAUAGCCAUCUGCUGGUUGAUGUCGCUCUCGUUUAUACUGUCAGCUGGCGGGAUAUUGCUCUCAACCAUCCUGUACAACACCGCAUCAGUCAUCCACGAGAAGAACUUUCCGCUGUUUGGCAAGACGACAUCAGGUGUUCUCGGUACCAAUCAAGUCAACGACUAUUGUAUCUUUGGAUUCAACUUUCUCACGUUAGCGAUACUGAUCCAUUUCUGCAAGAUGGCGCUGCCCGGGAUAGCGUACACGACGCGCCUUGAUGAGGACCCACCUUUAUCCAAGACGAUCUGGCUCCUCUUGCCUGUCCUUAUGUUCUUUUACAUGUUUACGAAGAUUGGAAGGAGCAUCGUUGUCUGUACGCAAAUGGCUGUGUUUGGGGGGCUCAUGCACAGCACUCCCAUCGCCCCGGAGAAGGUCGGUGAUCCCGCCGCGUGGCAGCUGAGAUCCACGCGCGAAGAAGCCGACGCCUUCGUCCACGACGUCAUGUACAAGAGCAUGUAUCCCGACGACUUCGCCGAGUCCGUGGUGAAGAGAUACACUCAGGCGGCGGCGGGGGAGGCCGAGGACGCCGAGGCCGAGGCGGCUGAACGGAUCGCCCGGAUCAGCGCGAGCGUCGGGGACGGCGGCGAGACGACGGCACUGCUGGCGUCGCUCGCAUUGAGCAACUCGGGGGGAGCGCGCAGACACUCGUCGUUCAAGCGGAUCGGGCCCUUACAGACUGCGCAGUGA